UCUCUCUUGAACUUCCAUAGCUCGAGCACCUUCGAAACACUUUCGCCAUGUCGUUUUAGUUCUCGAUCUCUACUUGUAAUCUGUAGUUUACCUAAUCGAAUUUUCUCAAUGGAGCGUUGGCGAGAGAUGGAAGGCAAAUCGCUACACGAUCCCUUGCACCACAGCCACCACGAGGCGACCGCCGGGGAGGCGUCGCUGCAGGACACAGUGUGGGUCGACGGACCCGUUAUAGUAGGAGCCGGCCCUUCCGGCCUCGCCGUGGCGGCCUGUCUGAAGGAAAAGGGCAUCCCCAGCACCCUCCUGGAGCGCUCCGCCUGCCUCGCCCCUCUGUGGCAGCUCAAGACCUACGAACGCCUCCGCCUCCACCUCCCCAAGCGCUUCUGCCAGCUACCCCUAUCCCCCUUCCCCGCCUCCUUUCCGAACUACCCCUCCAAAGGCCAGUUCGUCGACUACCUACACGCCUACGCCCGGCGCUUCCACCUCCGCCCCAACUUCAACCACACCGUCGUCAGCGCCGCCUUCGACCGCGGCCUCGACCUCUGGCGCGUCGAGGCCAGUGUCCCCGGACGCGGCCGAACCAUCCACUACCUCUCCCGCUGGCUCGUCGUCGCCACCGGCGAGAAUGCGGAGCCGUUCAUCCCGGACAUCGACGGCGCCGCGGCGUUCCGCGGCGCCAUCGUGCACACCAGCUCCUACUGGAGCGGCGCCGAGUUCGAGGGCAAGCGCGUGCUCGUCGUCGGCUGCGGCAACUCCGGCAUGGAGGUCUGCUUGGACCUCUGCAACCACAAUGCCCGGCCCUCCCUCGUCGUCCGCGACACGGUUCACGUCCUCCCGCGGGAGAUGCUGGGCCGGUCCACCUUCGGCCUCUCCAUGUGGCUCCUAAAGUGGCUCCCGGUUCGGGCCGUGGACCGCAUUCUCCUACUCAUCUCCCGGCUCAUGCUCGGCGACACCCAGCGGUUCGGCUUGCUCCGGCCCGACCUGGGUCCGCUCCAGCUCAAGUCCCUCUCCGGUAAGACCCCGGUCCUCGAUGUCGGCGCCCUCGACAAGAUCAAGUCAGGCCAAGUCCAGGUUGUCCCUGCAAUAAAGCGUUUAACUGUCGAGGGAGCAGAGUUCGUGGACGCAAGGUGUGAAGACUUCGACGCGAUUAUUUUAGCUACAGGCUACAAGAGCAACGUACCUACAUGGUUAAAGGAGCGAGAGUUUUUCUCUGAGAAAGAUGGAUUUCCACGCAAAGUGUUUCCCUGUCGUUGGAAGGGGGAGAAGGGCCUCUACGCCGUGGGUUUCACACGGCAAGGUUUGAUGGGUACUUCGGCGGACGCCACGAGAAUAGCUCAGGAUAUCCAGCAACGUUGGAGGCAAUAUAAUGCAUGAUGGUUGAGAAAGGAAACAAGAAAAAAAAUCUAUGAAGCUGCUAGAUCUCUAGUCUUUAAAGAUCUCCGCUUCUUAGGAUUUUUUUUUCUUCACAAAUUAAUGGGAGAUAUGAGGAUUGAUAUAUGAUAUUUAGAAGGUUUCUAUAUAUUAAUUAUAUAUGUUGUUGCUAGUUUAAUUGGUAUAUAUCUUGUUGAUGUAUACAUGUGGUUGUUUGUUGUUUGUUGUUGUUGUUUACUGACAAGUGACAUAAAUAUAGAAUGAAAGAUUGAGAGAGUGAUUAAUUGUUAUACACAUUGUGUAUAAUAUAUUAUGCUGGUGUGUGCAAUUUGUGUGUGGUGGUGUCGGGUGUGCAAGGUUUACAUAGGAA